UGAAUAGCAGGUGUCUCUAAUUGCAUUCCACACACGAACGACAUGCGUUUUGCAAAGCACAAUACGGCAACAAGAGGGACAACAGACAGAGAGACAUAGACAGACACGUGACCUUCUCUCUCUCUCUAUCUCUCUCUGGGAUCUGUUGCGGUUCUUCCUCAUCAUCAUUUCGAUCGAUCUGAUCUGCUCUGAUCUGAUCCCCUUUUCAGAUUCAAUCAAACCCAUUUUCUUCUCAAGUUUUGGGUUUUGAAUAUCUCUCUUUCUAUUCAGAAAAUAUGUUCAUCUUUGACUGGUUCUAUGGCAUUCUUGCUUCCCUUGGUCUCUGGCAAAAAGAAGCCAAGAUUCUCUUCUUAGGUCUUGAUAAUGCCGGCAAAACUACCCUUCUUCACAUGCUUAAAGAUGAAAGAUUAGUUCAACACCAACCGACCCAACACCCUACUUCCGAGGAAUUGAGUAUUGGGAAGAUCAAGUUUAAAGCUUUUGAUUUGGGUGGUCAUCAAAUUGCUCGUAGAGUCUGGAAAGACUAUUAUGCUAAGGUGGAUGCUGUAGUUUACCUAGUCGAUGCCUACGACAAAGAGAGGUUUGCAGAAUCAAAGAAGGAGCUCGAUGCCUUGCUCUCAGAUGAAUCCUUGGCAAAUGUUCCAUUUCUCAUUCUAGGAAACAAGAUUGACAUCCCGUAUGCAGCUUCAGAAGACGAGCUACGUUAUCAUCUCGGCCUAACCAAUUUCACCACAGGCAAAGGUAAGGUCAAUCUUAUGGACUCCAACGUUCGACCUCUUGAAGUGUUCAUGUGCAGCAUUGUCCGCAAGAUGGGUUAUGGCGAAGGCUUCCAGUGGCUUUCCCAAUAUAUCAAGUAGAGUCUGAUAUCUGUUUCGUCCGUCGUUCUCCCAGUCAACUUAGGCACUGGCUGCAGUUAAAUCAUCACAAGUUAUUUACAUUUGUUUUUGCUUUUGAUUGGAUUAUUUGAUACAACUGCAGUAAUAUUACAUGAUAACAUUUGUAUCUUUUAGAGAUUUUUUUGGUGGAAUAUUCUCCUUUAAAAUACUUAAUUUUGUUGUAGGAUGGCAUGAAUUGGCAGAAACUUAAAUAAUUUUGAAUAA